CCGUCUCAAUGCCUCUCACACACACAGACGCACACAGAGUCACAGAGUGAUCAUUUAGCCGGCAUCUUAAAAUAAAUAAAAUCAUUGUCAAAGAAACAACAAAGUCACUCGAAAAAGGCCGCGUGGUCUGGCUGACGAGGAUGCCUAGACAAAGCCAGGCUGACCUGGCAAAAUGAUUGGGUCCACAUGUCGGACUCAAAAUAGCCACUUGACGUGUCGUGGGCCCAAGAUGUCCCCUCUCAACCCACAGUCGCUCAAACAAAAAUAUUUCCUGUGUCCGGUAUGACCAGCCAGCCUCCGUCAGCGUCCGUCCAAGGUACGAUUAGUCUGGCUCUUAUACGCUACACCCGUGACGUAGAGCGUGAAGUGGCAACGGGAAUUUCUUUUCGGAUCCAAAAUUUUUUUGCCUAUAAAUACCUCUCAUCUCAGUGAACAUAGAAACCACACCCCUUCUUACGACUACCUAGCUCUCUCUUUCUGAACCCAAAAAAACAUAAAAUCAAAAUAAAUAAAUAAACCAAAAUAUCAAUCUCUCUCUCUUUUUUAAUUUUUAAUCGAUCAUCAGUCCGCUUUGAGAUUCGAUCAUGGCCGUUGAUUCAGUGAUUUCGUCUCCACUGGGUCCGCCUUCAUCCGAGAAGGAUGCAUAUGCUCUCCAGUUCAUAAAGGAGAUGACCAGCAACGCAGAUGCUGUUCAGGAAAGAGUUCUGAGUGAGAUACUGAGUCAGAACGCUGAGACUGAGUACCUUCAGCGUUUCGGACUCAACGGAGCUACUCAUCGCGAAACUUUCAAGUCCAAAAUCCCUGUCGUUACUUACGAGGAUCUUCAGCCUGAGAUCCAACGUAUUGCUAAUGGCGAUCGCUCCCCCAUCUUGUCCUCUCAUCCCAUCUCUGAGUUCCUCACCAGUUCUGGAACUUCUGCAGGAGAAAGGAAAUUGAUGCCGACGAUCGCUGAAGAAAUGGACCGAAGACAGAAAUUGUACAGCCUUCUUAUGCCGGUUAUGAACCUGUAUGUUCCGGGUUUAGACAAAGGGAAGGGACUCUACUUCUUGUUCGUGAAGAACUCAACCAAGACCCCAGGGGGUCUGUUGGCGCGGCCUGUGUUGACAAGCUACUACAACAGCAAACAAUUCAAAACCAGACCUUAUGAUCCGUACAAUGUGUACACCAGUCCCAACGAGGCCAUCCUCUGCGUCGACUCGUUCCAGAGCAUGUACACACAAAUGCUUUGCGGGCUCAUCAUGCGCCAGGAAGUCCUCCGAGUCGGUGCGGUGUUCGCUUCCGGACUUCUUAGAGCCAUUCGGUUCCUCCAACUCAACUGGAGAGAGUUGGCCCAUGACAUCUCAACCGGAACGCUAAGCCCUAAAAUCACAGACGCUUCCAUCCGAGAAUGCAUGUCCAAAGUUCUCAAACCCGAUCCCGAGCUCGCCGAUUUCAUCAUUCAAGAAUGUUCGGAUGAGAAUUGGGAACGUAUAAUCCCAAGAAUUUGGCCCAAGACCAAGUACCUCGAUGUGAUAGUUACAGGUGCAAUGGCCCAGUACAUUCCAACGCUUGAUUUCUACAGCGGUGGGUUACCAAAGCCUUGUACCAUGUACGCUUCGUCCGAGUGUUAUUUCGGCCUAAACCUCAAACCAAUGUGCAAACCUUCGGAGGUUUCAUACACCAUUAUGCCCAACAUGGGCUACUUCGAGUUCAUGCCUCAUGACCCUUGGGCUCUACCGCCGUCCCGAGACUCGCCUCCUCGGCUCGUCGACUUGGCCGAUGUCGAAGUCGGUAAGGAAUACGAGUUAGUGGUCUCCACGUAUUCCGGACUUUGCAGAUACCGAGUCGGCGAUAUUCUUCAAGUCACUGGGUUCUACAAUUCGGCACCGCAAUUUCGGUUCGUGAGGAGGAAAAAUGUUUUGCUGAGCAUAGAAUCGGAUAAGACCGAUGAAGCCGAGCUGCAGAAAGCGAUUGAGAACGCUUCGGUGCUGCUGAGGGAGUUUAAUACCAGCGUGGUUGAGUAUACGAGUUUUGCUGAUACACGAACGAUUCCAGGGCAUUACGUGAUUUAUUGGGAAUUGUUGGUGAGAGAGUCAGCGAACCCACCGACUGAUGACGUGUUGAACAGGUGCUGCUUAGCGAUGGAAGAGUCGCUAAACUCGGUUUACAGACAAAGCCGAGUGGCUGACAAUUCGAUAGGACCACUUGAGAUAAGGGUGGUGAAAAACGGGACAUUCGAGGAGCUGAUGGACUAUGCAAUAUCAAGAGGUGCCUCCAUAAACCAGUAUAAGGUGCCCAGGUGCGUGAAUUCCACACCCAUCACCGAACUGCUUGACGCAAGGGUUGCUUCGGUGCAUUUCAGCCCAUCGGCGCCGCAUUGGACGCCAGAACGGCGUCGUUGAAAGAGCCAGGGGACAAAAAAGGAACCAAAAAAAAAAAAAAAAGAAGAAUAAAAGCUGUGUUUGGCUACCAACCAAAACAACAAAAGGGCAAGCCUUUCUGUUUGUUAAUGCUAUAGCUUUUAAAAGUGUCUUUUUCUUUUUUCUGUCUUUUUUUAUUUUUUUUUUUUUGGGGUUGCACUUAAUAUGGAGUGUGUGUCUGUGUCUGUAUGUGAAAUAAGUUCAAGUAAUCUGGUAUCCGCAUGUUUGCUUGUCCAUCGUGUCCAUGUCUUUGCUUUCAGCUUUCUUGAAAUUAUUGAAAGAAAUGACAUCGACGACCACCCCCCCAACCAAAAAAACAAAAAGAAAAAAAGUGAGAUGGAAUUGUUAGCUCGCUUUGAUUUUGUGGCAAGUAUAUAAAUGUAUUCGUGCUCCAAGGGUGUGUGUAAUAUUUGUUUGUUUAAAGAUAUGCGUAGGAUUUAUGCGCAUGGAUUUUAGUGCACGUACUAUAUAUUCCUUUCUUCUGUUAA